AUGAAGAUGAAAGCUGAGGUGUCGGACAUGAGCCAGUGGAGGGAGGUGGAUUUGGAAGAGAAGUGCACCUAUAUCGUAAAUGACCAACCAAGGGACCCGACCAAAUGUACAGAAAUCCCUUGGGCCAGGGCUUCCAUACCCCGAAACCUUACCUUCAAAUACACAAACAACAACGAGGUGAUUGGAGUAAUUAGCAGAGAAUACAUCCCCCAGGGGACACGCUUCGGCCCAUUGGUUGGGGAUAUCUACACCAAAGAUAACGUCCCAAAGAACAUAAGCAGAAAGUACUUCUGGAGGGUUUAUUCUUCCGGGCGGCUGCAUCAUUUUCUGGACGGCUACAACGAGUGUAAGAGUAAUUGGAUGCGGUACGUGAACCCCGCACACUCGGCGGCGGAGCAGAAUCUCGUCGCUUGUCAGAAAGGCACCGACAUUUACUUCUACACAGUGAAACCAAUCCCACGCAGCGAUGAGUUGCUGGUCUGGUACAGCCGAGAGUUUGCCGAGAGAUUGAAUUACCCCUCAAGCGACAUGGUGAUGUUUAAAUUCAAACAAAAUCUCAAGGGAUACAAAGAUCUGGUGCCUGAAUACAGUGGCCAGCUACCUCAGAGCCAAGAAGAUAUUCAAGAAGGCCAAAACCCAAAUGACGACAAUGCAAAGAAUGAGGACAAAAAAGUGGACGUAGAGGUGAUCGAAAGAGAUACCCCACCCGUCACUCCAGACAGCCAAAUAAUGGACUUCAGUAAAAAGCUUUACUCAGAUGUUGUCAGCAGAUCCGCGUCAGACAAAAAUGGUUCAAAGUUCGAUGAUGUUAAGGAUGAUGAACAGCCACUGGACAGGAACAAUUCAAACCAAAGAUCCAAAAUUUCUGUAAUUCAACAAACCCCUCGCAUUCUUUCUCCUAGUCUGACAACCUCACCUCCCAACAAACUCCCUCUGCCCAUGAAUGGGCAUCCUAGCUAUGCUGAGGGCUUGGUUUCCUACCCAAUGUAUGCACCUACAGGCCACGUCCAGCAUCAGUACAUGUAUCCAUACAGCACUCUGUCUCCUCACUAUACCAGACUUGUAUUGCCUAACCACUCCCCUGGAUUCAACGGCUUUCAUCCGCUCAGCAGCCCAGCCACUUUCAACAACAUGAACAACCUCAGCCUGUUUGGCAAGAUGCCUCCGGUUUGUGGCGGCUUUGCAGCAGGAGACUGCCUCUCCUACCCCAUAAUGAGUCGGACUAUGCUGCCCGUCAUGCUGCCUCCAGAAGAGCGGCAGAAGUGUCACGUUUCAGAGCAGCCAAAAGGCGUCCUUAUCCCCGCUCCCACCAGCGCCUUCUCGCCCAUGGCUCCCGGGGUGGGCCUGAAGGAGAUGCCUCUCACCCAGCCGCCAACUUCAGGUACCUCAAUAAACUCAGAACUGUCAAUGCAUCUGAAAGCUACCUCAUGGGUUCCGGGGAGUGAGGAGGCGAUGAAUCUGAGCAAACCAAAGAUCUCUUCUGCAGAUUUCCCUGGUUAUAAGUCACUUCCUUACCCACUAAAGAAACAGAAUGGGAAGAUCAAAUACGAGUGCAACGUGUGUUCGAAGACCUUCGGUCAACUAUCUAACCUAAAAGUGCAUUUGAGGGUCCACAGUGGAGAGAGACCUUUCUCCUGCCACACUUGCAGUAAGACGUUCACACAACUGGCCCAUCUCCAGAAGCAUUACCUUGUACAUACUGGGGAAAAGCCUCACCAGUGUCAGGUGUGUCACAAGCGUUUUAGUAGCACCAGCAACCUGAAGACCCACCUUCGUCUGCACUCUGGAGAGCGACCUUACCACUGUAAGCAGUGCUCAGCCAAGUUCACCCAGUUCGUCCACCUCAAGCUGCACAGGCGUCUACACAGCAAAGAGCGGCCGCACAAGUGUCACCUCUGCUCCAAGAGCUACAUCCACCAGUGCAGCCUGAAGAUCCACCUAAAUGGCAACUGCCGCAUGGCGCCAGAGACCAGCCGGUCCAAGGAGGAUCUCCUCAAGAUCGACGACGAAAUCAACAGGUUCGACAUGAGUGAAAGUGCAGAAAGGUUGGACAAGGCUGCCACAGCAACGGAGAUGGAGGUGGUAACCGAGCAACUUCAAAUGUAUGGCCUUGACAAAGACCAUAAAGAGGAACAAUUCAGAGCAGAAUACCACAAGAACAAUGGAGGCAACCAUCCCCCCUCUGACCUCCAUGACAGGGUCAAGACUUCCAGCCUAAUACAGUUUCACCAUGGUCCAGCAACCUUGGUCCCCAUCAGGGUCAAGCAAGAAGCCAGUCUAUAAUUGUACAAUGACCAUUAUCAUGUGUGGAACUCAUCACCAACAAUGGUACAUUAUAAGAGGAAGGUGUUUGGAUAAAAUAGCAGGAUAAUUCAUGUCAUUGAACAAAAAUGACUGCAGGGGGAAAAAAAUCAAAUGUGGACUCAGACUAUUUCCAAACUCUUCCUUGCGUGUUUUGUCUAUUUUUCCCCAGAGGGAGUAGUCUCUCCCAAUGUGAUCUGAGAAAUUGCUAAUGGGUCCCUGCAUUUGUAAUGAGUUUUUCAUUCAGUCAGACCAAAAAGGAAGUCCCCCAACACAUGGCUAUUCCUGGGUACUGAUAAUGUACAGACCCAGCCUUUGCCGUGAUAACCAGUUGUGCUUUCUCUGCUUUCUCAGGGUGUGUUACAUAUAUUUAUGCAAUAGAAAAUGGUAUAUAUUUUUUAUCAGUUAAGAGACAAUUGGAUGAGUUUAUUCUUCUAAGGUCUAUCUCUUAUUUAUUAAGAAACAGAACAUUCUCUUUUUUUAAAUAAAGUUCACAAUGACAAAAUCUUGAUUGAUAUCUCCAGUAUCUGAUGAGAAAAUAAUUUAAUUAUUUAAAAUUUCCUCAUUAAUGCUUGGCAUCCGUGUCAGUGACAUUGCAUUUUUCGGAUUCUGCGUGCUGUUUGUGGAAAAUUAUGUAGACACAUAGGUGUGAUGUAGUGUUAGUGAGAUGGCAAGAUCAUAUGUCAUAUAAAGACAGGCAAUUGAAUCCGACCAGAAACUUGUACUCAUACAAUCCCAGAAGCUUAACUCCUGAAGUCUGGCUAGGAAGGUGACCUUUGGCAGUUAGGAAUGGGGAGGAUAAUAAUGAAUUUCUGGGACAGGGGUCUCAGGGUUUACUAUACAGUACUUUGGCACAUAUAUAUAGCUAGGUUGCCUAAGACUAUUUGCACAGUACUGUAUAUAUAGCAGUACUGUUAUAUAUAUGUGCCCAAAACUUUUGCACAGUACUAUAUUUGUUCAGAACGUGGUUGGAUGGAAUGGAGGACAGGCAGAGGUAAGACAGUGUUCCUUCACUCUACAGUCCUGGAGAAGAGGCUGUUUUCACUUUGUAUUUACCUGAAGCACAUUCCAUCACAUUUCUUCUCUUUUCACCUGGUGUAAUUCAGGGAUAAAGGGUAAAAUAAAGAUGAAUCUCCCUCAACUUUGAAGCUUUUUGCCCCAUUGGUGGUCCGCAAUGCUGCCCCUCCCUAAUAUUAAUAACCAAGCUCUUUCAGUUGGCUGGAAUUGAAGUGAAGUUUCCUCUCAGCAUGCAACUUACAGUCAGAGCUACUAAAUGAAACUGACCUUGUGUCAUUGAUGUCUAACACUGUGUUAAAACUGGUUGAUUCAGGACCAGACUACAUACUCAAGGAGGGUGCACUGGGGAGUCACUUUUCAUUAUGCUGCUGGCAUUGACGGCAGCACUGAAGGUCCUUCAUCUCUUGUGGCAUUCAGGGCUUCCUUCGUCAUGUCAGUAGCUUCCUCUUGGCUUUUACAGCUGUCAGUCAUGCAAGCCCCUGGUGGAGGGGUUGAGACUCAGGAAUCCUGUUGCAUUCAGAUGUAGAAAGAUUCUUCAUUGCUGUUUCCAUAACAGUUUUGUUUGUCCCAUCAGUGUUGUUAGCCCUGAGCUGAAUCCUUGAACCUGGAGGACCAGUGGACUAUUCUUAGCUUGGCUUCUACCCUUUGACCUGUUUGGCACGGGCCAAAGCAUAAAGCCCUGACUCCAGUCAAUGUAGCUCGCUGAAGCAUUGGGGCACGCAAUCCCUAUGACAAGGUUGUUGUCCUCUUGGACAUCUAUGCACCGGAAUAAGUAAACUAUUGGUAGGGCCAACAGUCUCUGUGGUGGUUUACUGUACGAUUGAGGGCAGGGUAGAGAAAACAAAUCCUCCCAAUGGCAAAAUCAUUCAAUGGCACUAAUUGCUGUGCCUAAACAGCUAAAAAAGGACUUCCACAAAUCUGAGGUACUUUACUGGCUGGCGAAAGAUUAUGCAUUGAGGUCGAUUCGGAAACAGAAAGAGGAAUUAUUAGAAAUUGUGUGCAGCUGCGUUGCCUGGAGAUUGCCAAACUGGAGUGCGAUGGGAUGGGAGUGGGUGGGUAAGUGUAUUUCUACAGAAGGAUCAUAUAGAUGAGUUAUCAAAAUACCAAAAAAAAAUCCCUUGAGGGUAGACGUGGCAAGAACAAGUGUUCAAAUAGAAAGUGUGUAUUGGAGUGAGUUGUCACUUACUGUGAUAAGAACUAGCUAAAAGCUGCUCAGGACAAACUUCUUUCUGAAAAUAAAAAACAGAUAAAAAGUCUUUGUAUUAGUAAAUGGGGAGAAAAUCAGUGAUGUGUGGAAGCUUUCUAACAACAUGAGGUAGUCAUACACUGAGACAGAAAGAUGGAGAGAUUCCAUUUCACGGUUUAAUCUGUUGCUUUGUGAACAUGAUUAACCUUUUGCUGUUUACACCAGAUUUGGAUUUGAAUAUCUUGGAGUGGUAUUGUCUAAAAAGCCCAGUUCACUGCAGCAGUGGAAGCCAGUAGUGUUGCCAACUUUGCACCACAAUUGGCCCAAUAAAAUUGAAUGGGUCACUCAUGCCUCAAUUUGCCUCUUCUGUCAAAAAGCAAAGAGAAGCAGAAAGGGUACCAUGGCUUUUCUUGUAUAAUAUUCUAAAAUGUCCAUGGUUACCACUGAUUUCAAGGCUAUUAAGAUUUUUAAUCUAACUUUCCUUAUUUCAGAGGUAUCCAUGGCUACUGUAGUUUUUGUAGGUACUGUCAAAAAGCUAUACCGGAUUCCAUAGUUUUAAUUAAAGACCUCUGGGUUUUCUGUUUCUAUACUAAAAAUGCAAGCCCCCUUUCUUCCCUUGAAUUACUCUUCCCUUUGCAGUAUUCCUUCAUGCGAGGUGCAGUGACUUCAUCUAAAUAUUUCUCAGCAUUCCAAUAGCCUGUGGAAUGUGCUGCCCCAUGGGUUAAAGCUAAGCCGAACACGUAGGCACGUUGAUCCAUUGGACCCAUUUCAGAGUUCCAUAUCAACUAUUGCAUCAAGACCAAGACUGGGUCUUGAAUGAUCUCAAUGGAAAGGUACUGGAAAACAACUUACAGAUUCUCAGGAUGGCGAAUUUGUACAGAGGAGAGGCGAGGCUGAAAAAAACCCAAUAUAUUAAGUGAGGCUCAUUCAGUUUCACCAUUAACAUACCAAACACAUGUACACACACACACGGUUUUUCCCGCACACUGAAGGUCUCGCUUACAGGAAUCUUGCUUCACACUUGUACUUUCUGCUCACGCUCUUCCACGCACACUGACAUUCACUCUCUCGAGUGUGCUUUCACACGACUUCUUUCACACACUUCUAAUCAUGACUUGCACUCACUAGGAGACAAACUGUAACCUUUGCUGCUGCAAAUACGCAGUCUCUUGCAUUUGCACCCAUAUCUCACAAUCAACAUCCUUUCUCUCUCUCUCACACGCAUGCACACACACACACACACACACACACACACACACACUUGGACAAAUGCAGGGGGAGGUUCCCACCCUGGGAUCCAUGGCUCCCUUGUUUAUUUGUAUUGGUCUAUGGCAUAAAAAAGAUUGGAAACCCCUGCAUUAGGGUCUGUAAAGAGGCCAUUGGUUGAUGGAAAAAGGCACAGUUAGAAAAGAUUGAAAACUGUCCACUUAUUGAAACAACAUGAUUUUUUCUCAAUCCGGCAGCUGAUAUGUCUCUGUUUUAGGAAAGAUUCUUUAAAGUAAUGCCAUUAACACAAAGGAGACCAACAAGAUCUCACAUAUGAUGGCUAGGGUUUGUGAGGAGUAGAAUUCAGACUAUAAUGGAAUAAUCUGGCCACAGUUUAUCCUUUGCUUUAUAAAAUAUUUCUUGCGGACGUAUUCUCUACAUGUGCAUGCCCUGUUUCUAUUGCAAGUUAGAGCAUCUGUAAUCGGUUUGAUUUGAAAGCACUUUUUUGCUAAAUUUGGUGGUCAAAGUAUAAAAAAAGCUUUAAUUCCUUACUUAGGGAAUGUAAGAUUCCUUAUGUUCCAGUGAAUAUUAGAAGAGUGAACUUAAUUGCAUGUUGCAUGCUCCCUUGGUGACUUCUAAUCUGUAGUUGAAAGCCCUGCCACAAAUAUCAAGAAACAACAGAGGAGAAUCAUUUUGUUUUGAAAGAUUGAUUUUGCUAAAUUCAGUCAGCCUAUUUUUAAAUUCAUGAUCAGACUCAUUUGAUCAGAAUGUGACAGUAAGUAUCCAUGGUGCCAAAGAAAAAACAUGAGUAACAUUUUCACAUAGAAUACAGGAGCUCAAGUAUUAUUUCCCCACUGAAAGAAAUAAUUGACACCAUGGUCAUGUACAAGAAUAAUUGCCUGACAGUUUUCUAUAUGCAAUUAAAAAGGAAACGGUGGCUAUUGAAAUGAAGGAGUUUGCACUGGAUCACUGCACCUCCAUCUCGUCCCCUCAAUGAAACCCAAAUCUUGCUGGAUACAUAUCUGGGACUGAUUGGUAGAUAUUGGACUAAGCUCAGCUGAAAUGUUCUGUUUUCUGUCUUAACUAGCAAGUCAGAAAUGUUACCUUGCGAUUGAUCGACAUAGUUGCACCAAAGUUACUGAUUAUUUGCAUGUUCUGGACAACUUCAUAUAUUUUGUGUAUCAUCAGAGGUGUUUUUGUACAAAAAGAAUUUUUUACAGUUAUGUUUACAUGUGGUUUAUACUUUAUUUAUGUUUCUCUUGUGAUUCAUAUGUAGAUAUGACUUAAAUUAAACAUUCUUUUUUAUACCGCCACAAAGUGACAUAAUUUUGCUCCUAUCCCUUUACUUCCUAUUUUUCUUCCCUCUCUCAAAUGCACUGGUUCCUUCCGGAGACCUAAAUCCACCAUAGGUCCAUCAGCUCUUUAGGGAAGACUGCCUGAUAAACAUCAUCCAAGAUGCAAUGUAGAAUUAUCCAAAUUUACCUCACAUAAAACCUGACAUUUCGAGUUGCACAACAAUCCUUCAACGAUGCACUUGGAGCGUCAGUCAACAUGGUUUUGACUCAAAUACAUGGGAAUUGAACUUGUAAUUUUCCUGUCCAAAGGCAAGAAGGCUACGAAUUAAAAACAAAGAUUUGAAUAGUUAAUUUGGGAAGAUAUUAAAAGCUUCAACAAAGUUACAAAAGGGCAAGAAAAAAGCCAAUGGAAUCGAGUGUACUAUAGUAGAAUGUAAAGGCAAAGUUAGAGAUCCUAUGCAAAGCCUUAGGGAGAUUACAAUGGAAGAGUGUGUGGGUUGAACUCCACAUUAUGAAAACAAUAUCAUAUAAGUCAGAAACCCUCACACACUCUUCCAUUGUACAUUCUCAAGGCUUUGUAUAAUAGAUGUUACAUCUCUGAUUCAUCAUGAAACAGAAAUAUACAGAUUCAAAAACAUGGAAUUGUUUGCAUUAGAAAGAGACUACAAGUGAUGUUUAGCCAGAGGGAAAUUGAGAGCUGGGUUAAGGGCCUUCACCACAAUCAACAGCACAUGAAGAACAGACAGCAUACAAGUGAAUGUGCUUUAUACAGGAGGUAUGUGUUUAAUGUGCCCCUCCAACACACAUCUCUGUAAGCACCAGUCUUUUACAUUAUGAAAGGAUGGGGCAGUAUAUAAACAUAUCAAAAGAACGAUUUGCACUGCAGUCCAGUCUCUUUUUACAGAGGGAAACAGGAAGGAGGAGGUAGCAUGUUGGAAAUGGUGGCUCCUGUUCGUCUGAUUGCCACUCUGUUGAGGCUCCCAUAUUGAAUUCAAGUCUUCCUUUUUCCCUUCCCUUUUGGAGCAAUUGCAGUCCUGAGCUCUCACCUUAAGCAGCCAACUUAAGCUCCAGCUUGUUAGUAGGUGAGGGUGAAAAUUUAAAGGAGAUGUGCAGGCACUGUUCCCUCUAAGCUGCAUGGGUGCACGAUCGUGCAGUCACUGAAAUGUUCCCGAGCACAUAGCCUUUGUUGCUGCACAGCUGGAAUUUUCUUUGAUAUAAUGUUAAUAUAAUUUUGAAAUCAAUGUUAAUAUAAUUGUGAAAUACCCUGCAAUUAAUUAUGUAUUAAUGAAUAUAAUUCAUAAAUUUUCUAAAUAAUAAAUAUACCACAACCUUUACUUUGAAACAUUUUAGAGCUUCAACAUAUUUACAUCGUCAGUGUUUCAAGUUACAGCACUGUUACAAAUUGUAACAAUAAUCACAGAAUGGAAGUUGGUAGCUCAUUGUUGAUAAACUGCCAGCCUGCUGAAU